AUGGAGAGCGGGAUGCUGUCUCGCACGCAGCAGGAGCUGAUCCGGGAGAGCUGGCGGCGGGUGAGCGGCAGCCCGGUGCAGAACGGCGUCGUCCUCUUCUCCAGGUUGUUCGAUCUGGACCCUGACCUGUUGCCCCUUUUCCAGUACAACUGCAAGCAGUUUGCCAGCCCCCAGGAGUGCCUGGCUGCUCCCGAGUUCCUGGAUCACAUCCGAAAGGUGAUGCUGGUGAUUGAUGCAGCUGUCAGCCACCUAGACGACUUGCCCUGUCUGGAAGAAUACCUCUGCAACCUCGGCAAGAAGCAUCAAGCAGUUGGUGUGAAGGUUGAGUCCUUUUCGACAGUUGGUGAGUCCUUGCUGUACAUGUUGGAGAAGUGCUUAGGUGCUGCCUUCAGCCCGGAUGCGAGGGAGGCCUGGAUCAAACUCUACAGUGCGGUGGUGAAAGCCAUGCAGCGUGGCUGGGAGGUCCUCCCAGAGGGGGACUAGCCCUAGGCCUGGCCCUCUACAGGACGAGCACUCACCCCUCUGCCUCUCUCCACCUGUCUGUCUCUAUGCACCAGCCCACCUCCUCCAGCCACAUGUGCUGGGUUCUCUUCGUGAUCUCACCUUGCUUUGACGCUGCCAUGUCCCUGCUUUUCCUGGUGGCCACAGGGUAUCUCUCUGUAGCCCAGAGUGUCCAGCACAGCACCACUUCCCAGUGCCAGGUUCCUGUGUGCCAGCACCUGUAGCUGUGCUUUGGCCUUCUGCUGGCUCUCUACCCUCUUGUUGCUGCCCAUCCCCAUAAGAUAGCUGCUGGUGAGAGCCUCUCA